AACGUCCACAACACACCAAAUUGUGGGAAAUUUAUUUCGAAAAAACGAACUCGCAAUUGCGUAGUGGAGAAAUUGGGAAAUGGCGGGAGCUCCUUGGGUAGACUAGAGUAAAAAAGUUGAACAUCACAUAUUCACAAUUCCCUUGUAAAGCAAGUUCCAGUUUCUUCAAAUUAAGCGGUCAUAUAUUAUCAGUUUUCCACGAAACAACAACAAACAGUUUUUUUAAGCUAUGGAAGACGCUGCUGCAACUGCUACUGGUACUGCCGCAACUUCAGAAGCUUCAGUUCGCCGUUCGAAAAGAAAUAGAGGUGCCAAAUUGAAUCCUGAACCUAGUGAACAACAAACCCCUACUGAUCCUGAUAGAGAAGAGUCUUACGACGAUUUUGAGGAUGUUCGCCCCAAAGUUAAGCGCAAUCGUGUUGUUGAAGCUGCAACCGCUGUUAAAUUUCACCAGAUUAGCUUGAUUGAGGCCAUCAGAGGGAGCAGAAAAAAUAUACCUCCAGUGGUCAAGGUUUGGGUUGAGCGCUAUGAAAAGGAUCCAAAAUCAGCAAUGCUCGACCUUUUGGCUAUGUUGUUUGAGUCAUGUGGUGCAAAAUAUCGUAUAGAAGGUGAUCCUUUUGAGGAGACUGAUGUUGACAACGUAGUGCUUGUUUUGGUCAAUCUUGCGAGGAAGGGUGAAGUUGAAGAUUACCAGAGCUCGAAACGGAAGGACUUCAACAACUUAAAAGAUAAUCUUAUUUACCUUUGGGACAACUUUGUCAUUGAAUGUCAGAAUGGACCAUUAUUUGAUGGGGUUUUGCUUGAGAAGUGCACAGACUAUGUGAUUGCUCUAUCAUGUACCCCGCCACGGAUCUAUCGGCAAGUGGCUUCUCUGAUUGGCCUUCAGCUUGUCACAUCAUUUAUCACUAUAGCGAAAAUGCUUGGAUCACAGCGUGAAACUACUCAGAGGCAGUUAAAUGCAGAAAAUAAGAAAAGAGCAGAGGGUCCUCGAGCAGAGUCUCUUAAUAAGAGAUUGAUGACUACUCAUGAAAAGAUAACUACAAUAGAAGAGAUGAUGGACAAGAUAUUUAAAGGGCUAUUUAUGCAUCGUUAUCGAGACAUUGAUUCCAAUAUCCGAGUGUCCUGCAUACAGUCGUUAGGUGUCUGGAUCUUGUCGUACCCAUCACUGUUUCUGCAGGAUAGGUAUCUUAAGUAUCUUGGAUGGACAUUGAAUGACAAGAGUGCUGGUGUGAGAAAAGCUUCUGUCGCUGCAUUGCAAAGCCUGUACGAAGUGGAUGAUAAUGUCCCGUCCCUUGAUCUCUUCACACAAAGAUUUUCCAACAGGAUGAUUGAACUUGCUGAUGAUAUUGAUGUCUCUGUGGCUGUGUGUGCCAUAGGACUUUUAAAGCAAUUGCUAAGGCAUCAGCUAUUACUGGAUGAUCACUUAGGCCCUUUGUAUGAUCUACUUGUUGUCGAGCCCCCAGAAAUUAGGCGCGCCAUAGGGGAGCUGGUCUAUGAUCACCUGAUUGCACAGAAAUUUAAUAGUUCACAGUCGCACCCAAAAGACAGCGAGUCUUCUUUGGUUACUCUUAGUAGAAUGUUACAAAUACUGAGAGAAUUCUCAAGUGAUCCUAUUCUAAUAACUUAUGUCAUUGAUGAUGUAUGGGAGUACAUGACGGCAAUGAAAGAUUGGAAAUGCAUAAUUUCUGCUCUCCUUGAUGAAAAUCCGUCAAUUGAGCUAACUGAAAUUGAUGCAACUAAUUUGAUCCGGCUCCUUUGUGCAUCUGUCAAGAAGGCUGUUGGGGAGAGGAUCGUACCUGCUACCGAUAAUAGGAAACAAUACUAUACAAAAGCUCAAAAGGAAGCUUUUGAAACAAACAAGCGGGAAGUAACUGUAGUGAUGAUGAAAAACUUCCCCCAGCUUCUGCGGAAAUAUGUUGUGGACAAGGCAAAAGCUCCAUCCUUGGUUCAAAUUGUCCUGCAUAUGAAUCUUGAGCUUUACUCUCUGAAGAGACAGGAACAGAAUUUCAAGACUGUACUGCAGCUUAUGAAGGAGGCGUUUUUCAAACAUGGAGAUAAGGACACACUUAGAUCUUGUAUUAAGGCCAUGAACUUCUGUUCUGAGGAGAGUAAGGGAGAGCUGCAAGAAUUUGCAAACAAUAAACUGAAGGAACUCGAGGAUGAGCUUAUGGCAAAGCUUAAGACAGCUAUGAAAGAAGUGGAGGAUGGUGAUGAUGAGUACCCUCUUCUGGUGAACUUAAAAAGGCUCUAUGAGCUUCAGUUGUCAAGAUCUGUACCUAUCGAUGACUUGUAUAAUGAGUUUGCCUCCAUGCUUGAGAAUUUCAGAAAUGUAGAUGAGGAGGUGAACUGUUUUUUGGUGCUUAACAUGUUUCUUCACGUAAAUUGGUGUCUCUACUCUGUUGUGAGCUCUGAAUCUGUAAAUGAGGCUUCUGUUUCUUCUCUACUCUCGAAACGUACUACUUUAUUCAAGCAACUAGAGUAUUUUCUUCUGCCGUCUCAAGCUGGAGGAGAGACGAAACUAGGGUUUCAACUUGCUUGCAGAGUCUGUACAAUAUUUGCUGAGCUCUGGUGCUUAUUUAGAAAAUCUAGAUUCUCUUCUACGCCACUGGAUGUUCUGGGAUAUCGCCCACAACAGUCUACUCUGGAAAAGUUUUGGAAACUCUGUGAACAGCAGCUCGAUGUAUCAAAUGAGACUGAAGAUGAAGAUGUUAACAGAGAGUAUGUAGAAGAGACAACUCGAGAUGCUUGUGGAACAGGUGCUGAAGAGAAAGAAGGAACAUCUGUGAGACGUCGAGGCCGACCACCCAAACAGCGCAAUCUACAAGGAAAAAAGUUAUUUGAUGAGCAAAAUUCGAGCGGGGAAGAAGAUGGAAUUAGCUCAUCUGACCAGGAAGCUCCCGAUGAGGAAGAAGAGCAGGAUGAGGAAGAAGAGGAUGCUACUUUGAUAGAUGUACUAAAGUCAUCAUCGAAGUUGCGGUCUAAACAACUGUCCAGACCAGAUAAUAGGGGCUAAAUCUAGUUCGAGAUUCUGGGCAACAGAUAACCUAACAGCUUCGAGAAUGUCAGGAGCAUCGAACUAGUGGUGAAGCAAAUUGUAACUGCUGGCGGAGACAAAUCGUCUCUCAUGUAUAUUUUUGGGCUGUCAUUCUCGAGCGGUACUUAAGAGUUUGUAAAUGUAAAAGCUAGCUAGGCUUUGUCUUGUGAAGAUGGGUAAUCCGCUAUGCCUGUAUAGAGGGUUUUUUUUUUUUGACUCGUCAUUUGUUUUUCUUCGUGCUUUUGGUGGAAAUAUAAUUUCAAGCAGUACUCCUGUAGACCUCUUGUGUAAGUUGCGUUCGAUUUUCGCCAAUGGCGAUUUCCAUGAAUUUUCACUAGUGAUGUGAUCGAUCGAUUGACAUGGUUCUGACUUUUGAAGGAUA